UCAACCGUAGAGCCAUGGAACGAUAGGAGCGAGAGUUUAAUGUCGCACGGAGGCGGUGGGUGAGGGCCGCGCACGGAGGUGGUGGGUGAGGGCCGCACACACACCCACACUCCCGAGGAGGCCUGUAUCCUGACUGCGGGUUGUCCUGGAGGACCCCAGUGCCGCCGAGACUGCACACCGCCUGCAAACAUUAGAACUUCUGAAUAAGUGGCCACAAAAUGGGUCGCCACUUUGGAAACUUGAUCAAAGUGCGGCAUAUUAUCACCUAUACCAUCUCUCCAUUUGAACAAAGGGCAUUUGCAAAUUAUUUCUCCAAAGGCAUUCCCAAUACAUGGAGGCGAUUCAAGGGUCAAGUGUUACGGAUUGUUCCACCAUUUGUGAUCUCAUAUCUUAUUUAUACCUGGGCCACAAAUGAACAUGAAAUGUCAAUGAGGAAGAAUCCGGCUGACUAUGUGAAUGAUAAAUAAAUGGUGUUUGGAAGAGAGAGUUUCUACUGAUUUACCAUGUGUAUUCCUAACUAACUGCUAACUUUCACUGAAAUAAAUGUCUGUGUUUAGAAAUAAAAUAUUAAUAGUG